AAUCCAGGUACAAUACACUAUCAGCACUCGGCGGUGGGACCGUUGAAACCCACCAACGCUCUCCAACCCCUCCCAUGUUCUCCACUUAGAUCUCACGCAAUGUUUUGAUUCUCUCGUUUCACUCUGCGAACCGACCAAGGUCCUUUCGCGGCGUUGUUGCAUACCAAUAUGAAUUCCAUGGACUAGCCUCUUCCCCAAGUUCCAUUGCUUUCGAGAUUGAAAACCCAUUCGUGCAGUGUGCCCUCCUUCCUCUCAUCACACACUUGAUACAUUGACGAAUCGUUGCCCAUUGAAAAAUGAUCCACUUCAAAUCGUGUUGGUCGCCCUGCUUCUGGUACGACAACGUGCGUGACGGCUCGAUGGCCGUGGCCACGUACUCGCUCACCAUGUCCGUGUGUCUCAUCACGUACAUGUCGUACAUCAUGCUUGGAGGCGAUUCCUCUCAGCUCUACUUGCCAUUUUUCGAGACCAAUGUGGAUGGGUCUCUUCAGGGUGCCGGGGGUUUCACCAUCUUCCUCCUAUCCGUGAUUCUACUGUUUUCGUUGCUGCUGAUCUUGGGCGUGGCCACGGACAUUCGAGGAUUCAUUCUCCCGUGGUUAGUGGCCAUGUUGGUGGUGGUGGGGUUUCAAGCCAUCUUCGGCCUUUGGCUGAUCUUUGGUUACUACAUCUACCUGGAAGUGGUGUUUGCAGCCUCCUGCAACUGGCUGUGGAUGGGGGUGAACAUUUACUGUAUGCUAGUGGUGCGCUCUCACUACCGGAAUGUUCACAAGCUUCAAUCGCCGGAUAUUGAGUAUUUGAACUAUUAAUUGAUACUGAUGAGUGGAUCAUGGUAAUGUGAUCACGGUUUUUUACCCGUCUGAAUAUACAUAGUACAGGAGAUUAAAUAUGCGUCUCAAGCAAUGACAAUGGA